GCCUGUUUUCCAUAAAUAAGAAGUGUGCAGGUCGGGAGUUGCGUUUCUCGCUUCGUUAGGUUCGACCCUGGGGAGCGUGUCUCUCCAAUAACUUAGAAUUCUAAAUCUUGUGGCCACCAUGCCGGGAUUCUUUCGAAGGUACAAGGCUGAAGAAGAGGGUGAACUGGUUGAUCCCCAGGUGAUGCUUCGCGCAAAGUGUGGGGAAAAACCGAAGUGUGCGGCAUACAAAGAAAAAUUCGAUGCGUGCGAAGCUCGGGUCCACUCUCGCAAACAGACGACGGAGACCUGUGCGGAGGAGCUAUUCGAUUUUAUACACUGCGUCGAUCAUUGUGUUGCACCUGACCUCUUCAAGCACUUGAAGUAAAUAAACAAACAAAAUGAAUGCGCCAACUUCACGAAGACCAUUAAAAACAGCUACUCGUUUUUUAGAUUCUCCUUUGAAAUAUAAUGUUUUUGAAUGAAAUGUAAGAAAUAGAAUAAAAAAGAGAGUCAAGUAACACUUCCUUUGCA